AUGGUCGGAGGCGGAAGCAGGAGGCACGAUGGGCCGCUGAAGAUCAAUAGCACUAACGUCUUCGCGGUGCUUGAGACUCUCAAGAAGAAGAAGAAGUCGGACAAAGAGUCGAAGAGCAAGGGGGCGUCCAAGAGCCAAGGGAAGGAGCAGGAGAAGCAAGUGUUUUGGGCCCUGGCGCCUCUACCACUUCUUUUCAUUGCCGAGAAAGACUAUCCAUUCUGUAUGAUUAGAGACGCCUGUGAAAUAACAGUGGUUCAUCAAGAAGACGCUGGCCUCAACGUUGAGAUGGCAAAACUGACAUUCGCCAAAGGAAUAUGGAGCUUUGUGAGUAAGACAAACAGUGCUUUGCGUGGAUAUUCCUCUCAUCCUAGUCGCUCAGUAUUAGUCCCUGCUCUUCUUAGACUUAUUAAGAAGUGUGGACUCCUCAGGCCGACCCUAUACCACAUUGUUUUCUGGCCAGUCUGCGGCAGUGCCUUGGUUCCAUCCUUCUGGUGUCUUCAAGGAUUGCAUAAUAUUCAUGGAAGCUUCAACCUGCCAACUGUGCCUGGUUCGCUUGCAUCCAGAGACGUCGCAAUGGGUGUUGUACCAUCAGGUGGUGUUCAGCAACCAGGAGGAAGCAUUCCUAGUGGACGGUUCUCAUCAAACAAUCUUUUGGUUGCAUUAUCUCAGAUGCCUCAUGGCUCUGGUGUCACAAAUAGAGGGGGUAUUAAUGUUGUUGGAAAUCAUGCUUUUAGUAGUAGUAAUAUUAAUGGAGUCACUGGGUCAAUAACUGGUAUUUCCUCAAGUUCAGCUUAUGGGAAUCGUAGUUCUGUUCCUGGUUUGGGAGUUUCUCCAGUAUUGAGUAAUGUAGGGCCAAGACUUACAAGCUCUGUAGGCAACAUUGUUGGCAGUGGUAACAUGGGAAGAAGCAUCAGUUCUGGAGGAUUAUCUGUGCUCGGUUUAGCUUCACGGGUAAACUUAGCUAUUAUGCACAGAGCAAGAAGGAUAAUGUUGGCACAGUAAGAAACAUAUUUGUGUACUAUCUAUUACCUUUUGAUGUUGUAAGAAGAAUAGUUAUGUGUAAUUUGUGGAUACCGACUUGAUGUGCACAAUAUCUAUUAUCUUUUUAUGUUGUAAGAA